AUGGUUAAAACUGGCAAGUUUGUGGAACCGCUCGCCGCCGGCCUCGUCUUCUACGAGAGCUCGCCCGAGGACGAGCGCCAGCUGCGCGACAUGAUCCAGAGCGCCGUGGACGUCGCCAUCCGCAAGCAGCUGGACGGCCUGCGGUGCCCCGGCGGCAUCCGCAAGCGACAGGCCUCGUUGCAGAGUGUCAACCUGCAGUCGGUUGCGGACGACAUCAGCCUGCAGCUGGUGGACACCAAGGAGACGAUCGCGGCGCAGCUGCAAGACACGCGGGAGGCGAUGCGGGACACGGUGGCGGCCGUGGAGGACUCCAUGCGUCAGCUGGAGCUGGCGGCGCAGGAGCAGUACGACAGCCUGCUCAAGUCGGUGGUGGACGUGGCCGAGAUCGCCAUCGGCACCCAGCAGGCCGUGCAGCAGCAGCUGGGCAACCUCACCGAGCGCAUCGCCGAGCUGGGCCGCAACGUCAGCCGGCGCGAGCCCGCCGACGAUCCCGACAUGCGGCUGGCCCUGCUCAGCGACUCGUUCUACCGCUUCGCCAACAACUCGCGCCAGCAGCUGCGCCAGGGCUUCACCGUCAGCGGCGAGUACGUCAUCCGGCCGGAGCUGGGCCGCGCCCGGCUCGUCUCCGUCUACUGCGACAUGGCGACGGCCGGCGGCGGCUGGACGGUGCUGCAGCGGCGCGCCGACCUGCCGCAGCAUGAGGACUUCUUCCGCGACUGGGACGACUACCAGCGCGGCUUCGGAAACCGCAGCGCCGAGUUCUGGCUCGGCAACGAGCUGAUCCACCAGCUGACGCGCGACCGGCGGGUCACACUGCGGCUCGACAUGUCCGACCUGGACGGCGAGCGGCGCUACGCCGAGUACGCCGGCUUCGCCGUGGCGCCCGGCAGUGAUCAGUACCGGCUGACGGUCGGCGCGUACACGGGCACGGCCGGCGACGGCCUGAGCAGCGCCAACGGCGUCGGCUUCACCACCCGCGACACCGACAACGACCUGUACGGCGCCGGCAACUGCGCCGAGCUCUACAAGGGCGGCUGGUGGUACGACGCCUGCCACAACGGCAACCCCAACGGCCUGUACCUGCGCGGGCCGCACGGCAGCUACGCGGACGGCAUCGACUGGCGCUUCUGGCGCGGCUUCCACUACUCCCUCGCUACCAUGGAGAUCAAGAUCCGGCCGACUGGCUUCAGGCCCACACAACUGCGUUGACCAAGGCCCGGAACGUGUUGUUUUUGUUUCAGUCUUCCUCGACGGAUGCGUGUCGACGCAAAUGCAGAAGUCUGGGUGAUCGGUGUGACAUACGCAUACCAUGACGCCAGAGCAUCUCUGGUGGGAUGCCUAACAGGGCGUGCCGGCGCCAGCAGAGUUUCCUGCCGGCAGCAAUACGCGGCUCUCUCACUGGCGAACGAAUAAGAAGCGAUUCACACUGUGUGCGCUUGUUGCGUAUAGACGUCAGGACAUCCACAACGUGCGUGUGCUACGACAUCUACAAUGUGUGUGUGUGUGUGUGUGUGUGUGUGUGUGUGUGUGCGUGUGUGUGUGUGUGUGUGUGUGUGUGUGUGUGUGUGUGUGUGUGUGUGUGUG